AUGACCCGGGCAUGCGAGUUCUGUCGCAGACGUAAGAUCAGAUGCGACGCAAAGAACCCCACCUGUUCUUCAUGCCGGAAUAGCAGUAGGCUAUGCAUCUACCCAAACGGUCCUCAGAAGCAACGUCCUUCACGAGCACGAAUCGAGAUCCUGGAGGAAGAGAAAGCAGAACUGGAAAAUGCCUUGCAUUAUUUGAUGAACGCAAAUGAGGCUCAAAGACGUGCUCUACUCGAGAGCGCAAGAGUGCAAAACGAGUGGGUUUCGGCAGACCGAAGCACCAUAAUCGCUACACCGUCAUCACAGCAGCAUUACGACGAAGCUGCCCAUCAUAUCGGAAUCAGAAGUCCGGUAGAGCAACGACCGCUAGGUGAUCCCGAAUUUGUUCGAUCUGUUACGAUACCACAUGUCGAUGACACUGAUGAAGCAAAUAACGCAGACUUCAAUGCCCCGAGGGGUGAAGGCAAUCUGAGUCUUCAAACAAGCAUUGAGAGUGCUGUUUCCCCCGGCAAGAAGAAUAAAAGCUGUACUCCGGGGAAUGAUAUUAUGGCAAAGGGGAAAAAUCAAGCCAGCGAUGGUAUUUUUAUUUCAAUUUCGGUGGUACAUGUUAGCAGUCCAAUACAAGCUGUGGACCUCGGCCGUUCUCAUGAUUCGCAAAAUGUGUCAACAGAGUCUUUAAGGUACCAGUUAAUUGCUAAUGCCGCAAUGGAGCGACAGCGGGAAUAUCGACUGCGUUUUUUGGCGUUCAUAAGGGGAAUACCGGCGGACCUGGCGCUUCAUCUGCUUAAUCUCCACUGGAGCAGGCAGCACCAUACAUUUCUGUUGACGUACCGGCCGACCUUCAUGCGAGAACUGGAGCAUGGGGGACCAUACUGCUCGGAUCUCUUGCUGUAUGCUGUGUUUGCUUGUGCAUCCAAAUUCUCCGAGCGGCUGGAUGUGCGCAGUAACCCUGGCGACCCAGAAACAGCAGGUCAACACUUUUUCACUCGCUGCGACGAGCUCUUACUGGGCGAGGGCUUACUCAUUCAAUCAAGCAUACCCACCGUCAUCGCGUUGGUUAUGCUCGGGUCGACAUUCAUCGCUAGAGGCAUGACUUCGAAGGGCUGGCUAUAUACAGGCUAUGCUAUGCGUAUGGUGUACGACCUGGGUCUGCACAUAGAUUCGCAAGAGGUCAAUAAACAUAAUGCCGAGAAUAUUGAGAUUCGGCGACGUGUAUUCUGGGGGGCCUUUGUGUGCGAGAAAAUCCAAAGCCUGUACCUUGGACGACCUCCUAUAGUGAGACUUCAGGAUGUGCAUGUCUCUCAGAACUUUUUGGAUACUUUCGAAGAGCUAGAGCCGUGGGAGCCAUACAAUGACAAUCCCAUACAAGCCGCAACUGAUAAAACGACCUCUUCUGCAGUGGCUUCAGCAUAUUCGGUGACUGUCUUCCAGCAACUCUGUCUGCUGUCUCAAAUAAUGACCAGAAUCAUUGACAAGAUAUACUUUGUGGGAGCGACCGCGUCCAAGACACUUCAUGAGAUCCGUCCACUCGACGAAGCUUUAGCAGGAUGGCACCGCGACCUUCCAGCUCAUCUAACUUACCAGCCGUGGACGACCAAUCCCAAAGGUCCACCCGAUAAGGUCGCACCAAAUCAUAUCAUAAUCUUGACGACUUAUCACGCGCUUAUCAUUCUGUUGCAUCGACCCUUUAUCGCAGGGCCUAGAAUUGGAACCACCAACCGUAACGAUGGCUCUAUCAUUGGAACAUCGGCUUUCUCAUGGAGAAGAUGCACGACGGCCUCGCGAAAUAUUACUAGACUUGCCUUGAAUUACAGAUCUAUCUACCCGUUGCGAAAGUCUGGCUAUUUGCUAGGCUACGCUAUUUACGUCGCGUGCACGAUCCACGUGCUCAACACCGCAUUCCUUUCGACCGGCAGUGAUAGGAAUGCAUUUGCCGAAUCGUCAGCGUUGCUUAGCGAAAGCCUGAGGUGUUUGGAUGAACUAGCAGUUCCAAAUUCGGGAGCUGCAGAUACCGCGCGUAUUAUACGAAAGCUCAUGGCCGCCCGAGGGGUUCAAGAGUCACCAACUCUAGCAGAUUUUGAGGUUCCGGUACUUCCUCGUGCCUCUGAAAAUGGAGGACAGUUCUCCAAUGUCUCUCCAAUAUAUGACGUCGAACAGAUGCAACCGUUCGUGGACAUUUUUGAUCCUGGUCAAGACUUGCUGUUUGGGUUUAUGAAUGAAAACUUGUCUCUUGUGAACUUUGAAAUCAAUGAGACUACGUCUUGA